AGAUAAUGCUAAAGUCAGUGGAGAAUACGAAGGCUUUGGUUGUUGUCUCACAAGAAGCCAUGUUGGAAAAAUUACAGCACUCAGAGUCAAUGUUAGAUGACAUCCAAAAAGGUUUGAAUGACUAUUUAGAAAAGAAGAGGCUGUUUUUCCCCAGGUUUUUCUUUUUGUCCAAUGAUGAGCUACUUGAGAUACUGUCUGAAACCAAAGACCCACUGCGUGUACAGCCUCACUUAAAGAAAUGUUUUGAAGGCAUCGCAUGCUUGACCUUCACUCUUGAGAAAGUUAUAACAGCUAUGGAGUCAGCAGAGAAGGAAAGAGUCAAGUUCUCCAGGAAAAUUAUUCCAGCUGAUGCACAGGGUCUGGUGGAAAGAUGGUUACAGCAGGUUGAGGAAGUGAUGAAAUUGAGUUUAAGGGAAGAAAUGGGAAAAGCUGUCAAAGUUUACCCCAGCACAAAGAGAGGGGACUGGGUAUUGCAGUGGCCAGGUCAGAUUGUUUUAGCAGCUAGCCAGAUUCAUUGGACAGCAGAAGUUACUCAGGCAAUAAGGUUUGGAGGAUUAAAAGCCUACUUGGCACGCAGCAACAAACAAGUGGAAGAAAUUGUGGAGAUGGUUAGAGGAAAACUGACUAAGAUGGCGAGGAUAACAUUAGGAGCUCUAAUUGUCAUUGAUGUUCAUGCAAGAGAUGUGAUAAGUAACCUGUUCUCUAUUGGCACAUCCAGUCCUGAUGAUUUCUCAUGGAUCUCUCAGCUCAGAUACUAUUAUGAGGAGUCCUUAUGCAAUGUUCGCAUGAUCACUACCAGUGUUGCUUAUGCCUAUGAGUAUCUUGGCAACUCUGGGCGCCUUGUUAUCACUCCCCUUACAGACAGAUGUUACAGGACACUGAUGGGUGCCCUCCUCCUUAACCUUGGUGGUGCACCAGAAGGGCCUGCUGGUACAGGCAAGACUGAGACUUCUAAAGACUUGGCUAAAGCAGUGGCCAAACAGUGUGUGGUAUUUAAUUGCUCUGAUGGUUUGGACUAUAAAGCUAUGGGUAAAUUUUUUAAAGGCCUUGCUCAGUCUGGAGCCUGGGCAUGUUUUGAUGAGUUCAACAGAAUAGAACUAGAGGUGUUAUCUGUAAUUGCGCAACAAGUUCAGACAAUUCAGAGAGCCAUCAUUGACAAGGCAUCAACCUUUGUGUUUGAGGGUACAGAGAUAUCUUUAGAUCCAACCUGCACUAUUUUUAUCACCAUGAAUCCUGGCUAUGCUGGCAGAGCUGAAUUGCCAGAUAACUUGAAAGUUUUGUUUCGCACUGUUGCCAUGAUGGUACCUGACUACGCCAUGAUUGCAGAAAUUUCCCUCUACUCCAAUGGCUUUGUUAGCUCUCGGAGUCUUGCCACUAAAAUUGUCGCCACCUAUAGAUUGUGUUCAGAACAGCUUUCAUCUCAACAUCACUAUGAUUAUGGUAUGAGAGCUGUGAAAUCAGUGCUUACUGCUGCAGGCAACUUGAAGCUGAAAUACCCUGACCUUGAAGAAGAUGUUCUUGUCUUGAGGUCCAUCAAUGAUGUUAAUUUACCAAAGUUUUUAUCUGAUGACAUUGAGUUGUUUAAUGGCAUAACCUCUGACCUUUUCCCUGGUGUGACACUACCUACACCUGACUAUGUUUGUCUGGAGAAAGCUCUUGUGGAGAAGAUGGAGAAGGCAAAUUUGCAGCCAGUGCCUUGGUUUAUUAAAAAAAUUAUUCAAAUCUAUGAGAUGAUUCUUGUGAGGCAUGGUUUGAUGAUAGUUGGGGACCCAUUAGGUGGGAAGACAUCAGCAUUUAAAACUUUAGCCUCAGCGCUGGGUUCACUGCAUGAAGCAGGUCUCAUAGAAGAAAAUCCAGUUAUAUACAGCAUCAUUAAUCCUAAAGCUAUCACAAUGGGUCAGCUGUAUGGAAGAUUUGAUCCUGUCUCUCAUGAAUGGACAGAUGGUGUUUUAGCCAACACUUUUAGAGAGCAUGCAUCCAACACAAACCUGAGUAGGAAGUGGAUCAUCUUUGAUGGGCCAGUAGAUGCUGUGUGGAUUGAAAACAUGAACACAGUGCUGGAUGAUAAUAAGAAGCUUUGUCUAAUGAGUGGAGAGAUUAUACAAAUGAACAACACACAAAACAUGAUCUUUGAACCUCAGGACUUGGAACAAGCCUCACCUGCCACAGUCAGCAGGUGUGGAAUGAUCUACAUGGACCCAUUGCAGUUGGGCUGGGAACCACUAGUCACAUCAUGGAUGGCCACUCAACUGCCGGACUCACUAAAAAAGGAACAAAAGGACAUGAUCAGGCUGUUAUUUGAGUGGAUUCUUCCUCCAUGUUUGAAUUUUGUGAGCAGAUCAUGUAAACACAUUCUUCAGCUCCACCCCAUGCACUACACAGUUAGUUUGUUGAAGUUGUACUCUUGUCUCAUGGAGGAAGUUAAGAAAGUGGGUAAAGAUGAGGAUGAAGAGGAAGAGUUUUUAGAUGAAGAAAGCAAGGAAGGUGUAGAAGGGGAAGCAACUGGGACUGCUGGGUUAAAAUUGAAUGAGAAGAAGCUGGAGGAGGAGAGGACCAACAUGACAGUGGCCUACUUCAUGUUCUCUGUAGUCUGGGCUGUUGGGGCCACCUUAGACAACAACUCACGCAUCAUGUUUGACCAGUUCUUUAGGGAGUUGUGUGACAUGGAGGGAUCUAAGGACCAAUAUCCCAAACCUAAAGAUCUGAAGUUUCCUAGAGCUGUCCUUAUCCCCAAGAAAGGACUGGUGUAUGAUCAUGUCUUCAUUAGAAAACAGUUUGGCUCCUGGAGUCCAUGGACAAGUUUAGUCACUGCUGUAAACAUUGAUGAUAAAGCUCAGAUCAACUCAUUGAUAAUUAACACAGUGGAGACAGAACGACAGCGCUAUUUCUUGGCACUAUUUCUUCAGAAAGAUUUGCCGUUAUUGUUUGUUGGGCCCACUGGAACUGGAAAGAGUGCAAUAACAAACAGCUACCUUCUAGAGUUACCAAGAGAUAAGUAUGUCAUAAACAACAUAAACUUCUCAGCUCAGACUUCAGCCAAUCAAACUCAAGAUAUUAUUUUCUCAAAACUGGAGAGGCGCAAAAAAGGAACAUAUGGGCCACAGUUAGGUAAAAAACUCUGUGUUUUUGUUGAUGAUCUCAACAUGCCAGCCAAAGAAAGGUACGGAGCUCAGCCUCCUAUAGAGAUCCUCAGACAGUGGAUUGAUCACAAGUUCUGGUUUGACAGAAAAGACACAAGUGUCCUUCACCUGGUUGACAUUGUAAUGCUGUCAGCCAUGGGCCCACCUGGUGGAGGAAGAAACACUGUGACCCCUCGCUUCCUGCGACACUUCAAUGUGAUUGGCAUUGAGAGCUUUAGUGAGGACACCAUGAGGAACAUCUUCGCCCCUAUUGUUGACUGGCACUUUAAAUCUUAUGAGACCUCACAGAGGAAAUACUCAAGGAUCAUUAUAGCAGCAACUCUAGAAGUUUACCUCAAUGCUAUAGCCAACUUUUUACCAACUCCAUCCAAAUCUCACUACCUGUUCAACCUCCGAGACUUUGCUAGAGUAGUUCAGGGCAUCUUGCUGCUAAAGCCCGGCCUAGUGUCCACAAGUGUUGAGGGUAACCAGAAGAUCACCAGACUGUGGAUCCACGAGGUCUACAGGGUCUUCUAUGACCGUCUGGUUGAUGAUGAUGACAGGGACCAGUUCUUUAAAAUGGUCAAGCAUGGAGUGGAGAUUCACUUCAAGGAAAAAUUGAACACUCUCUUUAGUCACAUUGUAGAACCAGGAAAACUGAUUGUAGAUGAGGAUAUCAGAGCUUUGAUCUUUGGUGACUUCAUAACCAAAUCCAAAGGGGAUGAACGGCAGUAUGAUGAGAUACAGAACCUCACAGAGCUCAGGGAGACAGUUGAACGUUUCCUUGAGGACUACAACCUCAGCAGUAAAGCACCCAUGGAUCUGGUUAUGUUCCGCUUUGCCAUUGAACAUAUAUCACGCAUAAGUCGUGUAUUAAAACAGCCAAAUGGUCACUGUUUGCUUGUGGGAAUUGGAGGCAGUGGUAGACAGAGUGUCACCCGUCUAGCGGCAUUUAUGUCAGAGUUUGAGCUUUUCCAAAUUGAGAUCACAAAAAAUUAUUCAACCAAUGAAUGGAGAGAUGACCUGCGUAAAAUGAUGCGCCGAGCAGGUGAUCUAGGCGUGUCCAUAGUUUUCCUGUUUGGUGACCAUCAAAUCAAGGAUGAAUCUUUCCUUGAGGAUGUAAACAUGAUGUUAAACACAGGAGAUAUCCCAAACUUGUAUGAAAAUGAAGAACGACUUGAAAUUAUUGAAAAGAUGCAGACACUUUGCCAGAAAGAAAACAUACAAAUGGAGUUCACACCUCUGAACAUGUACAACAAAUUUAUUGAACGCAUUCGCAAGCACCUUCACGUUGUACUGGCCUUCAGCCCUAUAGGAGAAGCUUUCAGGAACAGGCUGCGCAUGUUCCCAUCUCUGAUUAACUGCUGCACUAUUGACUGGUUUAAGGCCUGGCCAGAAGAUGCCCUUGAACUUGUGGCUAACAAGUUCUUGGAUGAGGUGGAAAUGUCAACAGAAAUCAGGGACCAGACUGUUGUCAUGUGUAAACAUUUCCAUGAAAGUGUCAGAGCGCUGUCACAAAAGUACUACGAUGUAAUGCGUCGUGUGAACUACGUCACUCCAACCUCCUACCUGGAGCUGAUAAAGACAUUUAAAACACUACUGGGCAAAAAACGUCUACAGAUCCUUACACUAAAGAACAGAUACAACGUUGGACUGGAGAAGCUCAGGUUUUCUGAGAAUCAGAUCAAUGUGAUGCAGACUGAACUGUUAGACUUGCAGCCUAAGCUAAUAGAGACGAGCCAGGAGACAGAAGAACUUAUAGGCAUCAUAGAGAAGGAAACCAUUGAGGUGGAGGACAUCAAGCGCAUUGUGGAGCUGGAUGAGGCUGUGGCCAAUAAGGCAGCUCAGGAGGCCGAGGCUAUCAAGAUUGACUGUGAAGAAAAGUUAUCAAUUGCAAUGCCAGCCAUGAAUGCAGCUAUAUCGGCCUUGGAUACCCUGAAACAAAAUGACAUCACAAUAGUGAAAACAAUGACAAAUCCACCUUCUGGUGUUAAACUUGUCAUGGAGUCUAUCUGUAUUAUGAAGGGUAUUAAACCAGUGAUGAAGAAUGAUGCAAGUGGGAAACAAAUAGAAGACUACUGGCCUGCUGCCAAAAAAAUGCUGGGAGACAUGAAGUUUUUAGAGUCCCUGAAAGAGUACGACAAAGACCACAUCCCACCUCCUGUCAUCAAGAAGAUUCGUGACAAAUACAUCACCAACAAGGAAUUUGAUCCAGCUAUUAUAAAAAAUGUAUCGUCUGCAUGUGAAGGUCUUUGUAAAUGGGUCAAGGCCAUUGAUGUUUAUGAUAGCGUUGUGAAGGUUGUAGCACCAAAGAAAGAAAGUUUGAUGGCUGCUGAGGCCGCCCUCUCAGUACAGAUGGCAAAACUCAAAGUGAAACAAGCUGAGCUCAAGUCUGUGACAGACAAACUGCAAGCCCUCAAUGAUAAUCUUGCUCAGAAACAGACAGAAAAGAAGAACCUGGAGGACAACAUUGAGCUGACCAAAGUAAAGAUUGACAGAGCCAAUAAAUUGAUUAGUGGACUGGGUGGUGAAAAAGAAAGAUGGACACAGAAUGUGGAGGAAUUAAAUGAAACUUAUGACAACAUUGUUGGUGAUGUGCUUAUAUCCGCUGGUCUUGUGGCAUACUUGGGUCCUUUCAUCCUCGACUUCAGACAGAGCUGCACACAAGGAUGGCUACAGCUGUGUAGACAGAAAAAUAUUCCAGUGUCUGAUUCCUUCUCACUGUCUACCACACUGGGCGACCCUGUCAAAAUCAGAGACUGGCUCAUUGCUGGACUCCCUGCUGAUCAAUACUCUAUAGACAAUGCCAUUAUUGUGAUGUGUGCAAACCGUUGGCCCCUUAUGAUUGACCCUCAAGGUCAGGCCAAUAAAUGGAUAAAGAAUAUGGAAAAGGUCAACAAACUUGAGAUCAUUAAAUUGAGCAAUCCAAACUUUGUCAGAUCAUUGGAAAACUGCAUCCAGUUUGGCAACCCUUGCCUGUUAGAAAAUAUUGGAGAAGAACUGGAUCCUAUUUUGGAGUCCAUUUUACUUAAACAGACCUUUAAACAGAAUAACAUGGAAUAUAUAAGACUUGGGGAUUCAGUUAUUGAGUACAGCCGUGAUUUCAAGUUUUACAUUACAACUUGUAUAAGAAACCCACACUAUCUGCCAGAAGUUUCUGUUAAGGUUACCCUCCUAAACUUCAUGAUAACCCCAUUGGGCCUGGAGGAUCAGCUUCUGGGUCUGGUUGCUGCUAAAGAAAAACCAGCUUUAGAAGAAAAGAAAAAUAAACUCAUAAUAGAGAGUGCUCAUAACAAACAUCAGCUGAAAGACAUUGAAGACAAAAUUCUUGAAGUGUUGUCAACAUCCCAGGGUAACAUUUUAGAGGAUGAAACAGCCAUAGAGAUUUUGUCCUCGAGUAAAAUUCUGUCCAUGGAAAUCUCUGAGAAACAAAAGAUUGCCACCAAGACAGAAGAAGAGAUUGAUGUUACCAGAAAUGGUUAUAAGCCGGUAGCAAAACAUGGCAGCAUGCUGUUCUUUACAAUAUCUGAUCUAGCAAAUAUUGAUCCAAUGUACCAGUACUCUCUUGUCUGGUUCAUCAAUUUAUAUCUGCAGUCCAUUGUACACAGUGAUCCAGCUCCAGCUCUUCAGGAUAGAAUAGAAAACCUCAACAAACACUUUACCUACAGCAUCUACAAAAAUGUUUGUCGAUCUCUCUUUGAAAAAGACAAAUUACUUUUUUCAUUUUUACUUUGUGUUGGCUUGGCUAAAAGCAGAGGUGAAGUGGAUGAUCAGGAGUGGCGCUUCCUGUUGACAGGGGGAGUGGCAUUAGAAAAUCCAUUUGCUAACCCCGCCCCCUCGUGGCUCUCUGACAAAUCAUGGUCAGAGAUUGUAAGAGCAUCACAGCUGCCAGCAUUGAAAGGUUUUAUGGAGAUGGUGCAGAAAGCUCCAAAAGAAUGGAAAAAAUUGUACGAUUCUGCUACACCUCAUACAGAGAAAUGCCCUGAGCCAUUCUGUACUAACUUGAGCAACAUGCAGGAACUCAUAGUCUUAAGAUGUUUACGACCUGAUAAAAUGAUUCCAGCAGUCCAGAGCUACAUAAUUGACAGGAUGGGAGCAAAAUAUAUUGAGCCACCAACCUUUGAUCUGUCUUUAUGUUAUGAAGAUUCCAACUUUUUCUCUCCCCUUAUUUUUGUUCUCUCCCCUGGAGCAGAUCCCAUGGCUGGUUUGUACAGAUUUGCUGAGGAGAAAGGGAUGCUACCCCCAUCUAGCAUUCAGCCAGCACCAGGGGAGAAAACCACAGUGCAGCAUCAGAAGUUGAACAUUGUAGGGGAAGUAAAUCCAGCUGAAAUGUUUGCUAGUACCAGUAAAAGUAAAUUACAAACCAUCUCUCUUGGUCAAGGACAAGGGCCAAUAGCUGAAAGAAUGGUGAUGGAAGCUGUACAGGCUGGCACGUGGGUUGUCCUACAGAAUUGUCAUCUAGCAGCAUCAUGGCUGCCAGAGCUGGAGAGGAUCUGUGAAAGUGUGAUAUCAGACCCAACAGUUACACAGGACAGUUUCAGGCUGUGGCUGACCAGCUACCCCUCCCCUGUGUUCCCUGUCUCAGUCUUGCAGAAUGGAGUCAAGAUGACCAAUGAGCCUCCUAAAGGGCUGCGAGCCAAUUUGUUGCGUUCAUACCUCAACGACCCCAUCUCCAACCCUGAAUUUUUUACCAGCUGUAACAAACCUGCUGUUUUCCAAAAACUUCUGUUUGGCCUCUGUUUCUUCCAUGCACUGGUCCAGGAGAGAAGAAAGUUUGGUCCACUGGGCUGGAACAUUCCAUAUGAGUUUAAUGAGUCUGACCUUAGAGUUUCAGUACAGCAGUUACAGAUGUUCAUCAAUAAGUAUGAGAAGACACCAUUGGAAGCUCUGAUUUACUUGACUGGGGAGUGUAACUAUGGAGGCAGAGUUACAGACGACCUGGAUCGUAGGCUCAUCCUUUCACUGCUGAAGAUAUUUUAUACUGACCAGACAAUCAAAGAUGACAGUUACAGGUUCUCUUCUAGUGGAGUUUACUUUGCACCUCCCAGCGGCAAGUUUGAAGACUUUGUGGAGUACAUCAGAAGUUUACCUUUAGUCCCUCACCCAGAGGUUUUUGGAUUGCAUGAAAAUGCAGAUAUUUCUAAAGACCAACAGGAAACCCAGCAGUUGUUUGAAGGAAUCCUUCUUACACUUCCCCGACAGACAUCAGGGGGAGGCAAGUCAUCUCAAGAUAUUAUUCAAGAACUUGCAAGUGACAUUUUACAGAAAAUUCCACAAAACUUUAAUCUUGAAGAAAUUCAGACAAAGUUUAAAGUCAAUUAUAUGGAGUCUAUGAACACAGUGUUGAUUCAGGAGCUCAUCAGGUUCGACCGUCUCAUACAUGUUGUACGUAGUAGCUUACAGGACAUAUGUAAGGCCAUAAAGGGUCUGGUUGUCAUGUCUAGUGAACUGGAGGAUGUCUUUGACAGCAUGAUGGUUGGAAAGGUACCUGCAAUGUGGGCUGCAAAGUCCUACCCUUCCUUGAAGCCUCUAGGUAGUUAUGUAACUGAUUUGCUUGCAAGAAUAAAUUUUUUUAAGGAAUGGAUAAAGGGAGGCACCCCAACAAUAUUUUGGAUUUCUGGCUUCUACUUCACUCAGUCUUUCUUAACUGGCGUCUUACAAAAUUAUGCCAGGAGAUUUAUAAUCCCAAUUGACCACCUGGCAUUUGAAUUUGAAGUGACAAAAUUUGAAACAAGUGUUUCAGAGAAACCUGCUACUGGGGCCUACAUAAAAGGUUUGUUCAUGGAAGGAGCAAGAUGGUGUCGUGAAAGCUGUGUAGUUACUGAAAGCCUGCCUAAAAUUCUAUAUGAUCAAGUGCCUAUAAUUUGGCUAAAGCCAGGAGAGCGCAACAAGUUUGAAGAAAAACCUUACUACCAUUGUCCAGUGUACAAGACAAGUGCAAGGCGUGGUGUACUGUCCACCACUGGUCACUCUACCAACUAUGUGCUGACCAUGACACUUUUAAGUGACAAACCUGAAAGCCAUUGGAUCAAUAGGGGAGUGGCCAUGCUCUGUCAGUUGGAUGAUUAAUUACCUGUGUGG